CGGCUCCCGGCUUCCGCGCAAAACUUCGAGCCUGUCCACGUGAAGUUGUCGCUCCCGUUCAGAGGGGCAAAGAGCUUUGGGAAAAGCUGGGCAGUGGCGACGGCGGUGGCUGUGCGCGCGCUCUCUUUUUCUUUUCUUCCACUUUUCCCCUCCCCUGCCUCAGUCCAGAGUUUUGGCUCCUCUCCUUUCCUCCUCCCCCUCGGAGCCGGCUUCUCCCCCCGCCCCGUUUCUCCCCCACUAGUGUACGCUAUUUGUUGGCGGGGGUGGGGGGGUGGGGGUGGGUGGCCGAAGGGGAUGUCCUGUUUUCACCAGAGGCACAGCGCGAAGGGGAAACUCCGACACUGGAAAGAACGAGAGUAAAUACCUAAAUACAGACGCACGGAUCCGCGACUGGGACAGACACUUGAACUUCGGAUCCCGAGGCGGUUCGGGCUGCGGGAGAUAGUCCAGUUUUAACUGAAGGACGCUGCUUCUGUUUGGGGGUGGCCGGAGACGUGAGAAAACCACAUGGAAGAAUCCCAGGACUUAAAUGAGCAAUCAGUAAAGAAAACGUGCACAGAAUCAGAUGCUUCAGAACCUCAGAAUUCCAGGUCUAUGGAAAUGCAGGACCUAGCAAGUCCUCAUCCUCUUGUCGGAAGUGGUGAUACUCCUGGUAGCUCCAAACUGGAGAAAGCUAAUCUCAGCAGCACAUCGGUCACCACAAAUGGGACAGGAGGGGACAACAUGACUGUUUUAAACACUGCAGACUGGUUGCUGAGUUGCAACACCCCCUCUUCUGCAACAAUGUCUCUCCUUGCAGUCAAAACAGAGCCUUUGAACAGCAGUGAAGCGGCCACCACCUCUGGAGAUGGAGCCCUUGACACUUUUACUGGGUCAGUAAUUACUAGUAGUGGCUACAGCCCCAGAUCAGCGCAUCAAUACUCCCCACAGCUAUAUCCUUCCAAGCCCUAUCCACACAUUCUUUCUACACCAGCAGCUCAAACAAUGACUGCCUAUGCAGGCCAGACUCAGUAUUCGGGGAUGCAGCAGCCAGCCGUCUACACAGCCUACUCACAGACAGGACAGCCCUACAGCCUGCCCACUUACGAUCUGGGCGUGAUGUUGCCAGGGAUCAAGACAGAGAGUGGACUUUCACAGACUCAGUCCCCGUUACAGAGUGGGUGCCUCAGUUACAGUCCGGGGUUUUCUACCCCCCAGCCAGGCCAGACGCCUUAUUCUUACCAGAUGCCAGGUUCUAGUUUUGCCCCAUCAUCGACUAUUUAUGCAAAUAAUUCAGUUUCCAACUCAACGAACUUUAGUGGUUCACAACAGGAUUAUCCAUCCUACACAGCCUUUGGCCAAAACCAGUAUGCACAGUAUUACUCAGCAUCAACGUAUGGAGCAUAUAUGACAUCAAAUAACACAGCUGACGGCACAUCAUCUUCGACCUCAACCUAUCAGUUGCAGGAAUCUCUUCCGGGACUGACUAGCCAACCAGGUACAGAUCUUCAUCCAGGUGAAACACUUUUAUGUUUUGCUGUGUCUAAUAAUACGGAGAAAAAGAACAUUUUUCAAAAUGUCUCUGAUCUAACUGUGGAUCUGAGGGAAUAUGGUCUAUGUCAGGAAGUGGCGACAAAUGUGCUGUCCGUUACUGUCACCAUCGGCUACAUGUGGCUGUUGAACACUUCCGUGUGGCCAGUACAGGCUGAGGUCUGCUCAGUGCAUUGUUUUUCAGGCAAGGAAAGCUGUUUUGAGCGUAUAGUGUCCAGGUUUGGCACUAACAUAACUUAUGUUGUGAUUGGAGAUGGCCGAGACGAAGAACAUGCCGCUAACCAGCACAACAUGCCCUUUUGGAGGAUUUCAAGUCACUCGGACCUCUUGGCUCUACAUCAAGCACUGGAAUUAGAGUAUUUGUAACUGUGUUCUCUAGCUGGAGAUCCAUUUUUUUUUAUAUAUAUAUAUAUUUCAAGUACACUGAAUUUUUAUGUGUGAUCCAAUGCCUCUGGCUUUUACACAUAUAAAUUGUCUUAAAGGAUGAAAUCAUAUUUGGAAUGACAGUUCCAGAAUGAAGAAUUCAGAUUGCUGAAUGGAAGUUAAACUUUAGUGCUACAGAAAGGAAAGCUCUAUGGUCUUAUAUUUACAACACUUUAAUGUUUAAAACAAAAAAAAAAAAUCUGUGGAGGUUGCUGGUACACAGCGAACAAGUCCUAACUGGAAUUAACAGCUUUAGCAAAGAACUCUUACCCUGGCAAAGUACCAACACGUGCUCCGUCCGACAAGGUGGUGCUCAACAACAUUCCUCAAAAUGGGAGAUCUUCUCAGCCCUGAGGUUUGAAUCUGACUUUAGCCUACCUAGCCCAGAAAAUCUGAAUUGGAAUGCACUCAGACUGUAUAAGGACAAUCCUAUCUAGACCUGUAAUUUGUGUAAAUUAUUGAUGAAAAUAAUUUACUGUGACUUUAUUAGCAGCUGACUUUGAAAGUGGAUGCAAUUUUUCUUUCAUUUGUUGGGGGG